AUAAUUGAAAGUCUUGUGACCAGUUUAAAGUUUAAAUGACGUCUGUAACUAAAGUAUGCAGAAGUAGUAGCAUUUCAAAGUGGAUCAUGUUUGAAGAGAAUUUGAGGAUUGCUCCAUUGACUUAACAUUGUAAAUUUAAAAACAAAAGCAAGUAUAAAAGGUAUAAAAAAGACCAAAUACAAGCACACAUGUCCAUAACGAGCUCAACAUUUUGAUAGUUUCUGUAGAAUGGUUUCUGUAGCUGAAAGUAUGCAGGGGUUGAAAUGAUGCAAAAAAAAAAAACGUAUGGAAGAAGAAUAAAAAAGUUAUUAAAAGUUAAGAAAAAUAAAGAUUUAGUGGGAGUGCUUUAUCAGCAUUCCCACUAAAUAUGACAAAGAAGAAAAAUUUAAUUGGUCUUUAUUGGCAGAAGCAGACAGAAAUAUCAGUAUGUAUCAUGCAUGUAUGUGCACACAUUCCACUAAAACCAGCAUGGGUGGUUCCAAGGUGCUGUUUUGUCAUUUUCUCUGAUGUUCAGCUUAAGAAGAGACUGAUGAAAAUAUACAAACCAAAACAUUGCUGUGCAAUAUUUUAGAAAUACUAUGUAAUCUCUGUUUCAGGGUGGUUUCCCCUUGUAGUGAUGAAGCAAGACUUGCUUCCUGCUUCGUACAUGCAGUUAUUUGAUUGGUCCAGCAGGAGGUGCCUGACAGUCCCUCUUAGCUGUACCUGCUUGUUGCCCCACCUGCCCAACCUGCCCUGCACUGACUCCAUUACUAAGACACACCUCUGCUGCUGCCCCACCACUCCCUGACACAAACCCCUCCUGCUGCAGCAGAACAACCUGGACACACUCAGCAUGUCUUGUUCAAACAAGCCAGCUUUCUAUUAACUCAGAUAGGGAAGGGUAGUGAAGGGCAAAAAGCUGGUGACUGGCAUUCAUGUGUCAAAACAUUUUUGCAGCCAUUUUCUUUCCUGAAGCCUGAGGAUCUGAGGGGCAGGCUAGUUGUGGUGUGAGUCAGUGUCAUCUUACAUCCUGCAAUCAGUCUGAGUGUUGGAGACACGGCAGUUAACUGUGGGGCGGCAACAUUGAAUGGACAGAAUAUGGGGUCAGAUGAGGCUUACAACUUUGUCUUUAAGGUGGUUCUGAUAGGAGAAUCCGGUGUAGGAAAGAGCAAUCUGCUGUCCCGUUUCACCAAAAACGAGUUCAGCCAUGACAGUCGCACUACCAUUGGGGUGGAGUUCAGCACACGGACAGUGCAGCUCAGUGGCUUCACCAUCAAGGCCCAGAUCUGGGACACGGCUGGGCUGGAGCGAUACCGGGCCAUCACUUCUGCGUAUUACAGAGGUGCUGUGGGAGCCCUGCUGGUCUAUGACAUCACCAAACACCUCACUUAUGAGAGUGUGGAGCGCUGGCUGAAGGAGCUGUAUGACCACGCUGACCCCCACAUUGUGGUCAUGCUGGUGGGCAACAAGACUGACCUUGAGUCAGAGAGAUCUGUGCCCAAUGAGGAGGCUAAAGACUUUGCAGAAAAGAAUGGUCUUAUGUUUCUGGAGACCUCUGCUUUGGAGUCAACUAAUGUGGAGGCAGCAUUCAGCAAUGUCCUAGCAGAGAUUCACAGGAAGGUGAGCAGUAAGGAAGUGGUCCGGGGCUCUAUCAGUGCUGUGUCCUUGAACAGCUCCAGAGCAGAAAACACAGAGGAGAAGAAACCCUGCUGCAGGAACAUCUGAGCACAAGGUCCUUCAGGAGCCCAGGGGGCCUCAGGGUGGGUGAGAGGUGAAUUACUCCUUCAUCCACAACCCUGUGCUAGGGCUUGAAGAGAGGCGGGCGACACGGCAACCAUGGGUGCCAAUAUUAAUGGUCCUAGCUUAAGUGAUGGCACUUUGAAAUGACUGAUUUGCAAGUUGAACAAGCUGCAUGGUGGCAUGAUGUAUUCAAAAGAUGAUUCAUAUAUGUGAAUGAAAGUAGGGGGAGACCAACAUCAAUCUUUUAAGAGUCCCUGAUGACUAUUGAACAUAGGUCAAAAGUUAAACACUUAACUGUGUUACCUGUAAGAUGAUAUAUUUAUAAUUCAUGCAGAGAAUUGGAGUAACAUAGGCAUAUCAUGGCAUGUGUGAUGUUUUAAAUGUAAGUGACACUUGACUGUUGUUUUCUUCAACGAGUCAACAGUUUGGUUUGGCGAAUAUGUAUCUACGGACUGUGAGUCUUGCUGUCACUGCUGUGCAUGUGAUCCAGCUUAUGAUCUAGGAUGAGUCUGAUUUCAUUUCUGUUGAGGAAUAAACAAUUUAUGAGACA